UGUGACACACGGCGGAAGUAAACAAAAAAAAAAACAUUCUCGUUAACGGAUCACAUGAAAACAUGGUGCAUCUUUAAUUAAACAACAAUGUCUUCAGUUGAGUGUUUGAGGCAGUUCGUUAACGAGCGAUUGACGGCCGCGGCUCAGGAGAUCUUCAGCGUGUUUGAAAAAACUAUUUCCGACUACGAAGAAGAGAUCAACCGUCAGCGCAGGCUGCUCACCAUCGCCUGGAAACCUGAAGUUAAGUUGCACAAAACAGAGCUCCCACAGGAUUUCAUUAAUGUGGACGACAUUCCAACGGCCCUGCAGCUCAAGACAGGACAGAACAGGAAGUCUAUUUCGGAAAAAGAAGACAGAGAGCAGAUUCCAGAGAGCAAUGAAGAAAUCCUCACCAGUCCUGAGGAAGGAGAAGUUGAGCUGAAAGAGGAAGUUGAAACUCUUUUUCCAAGUAUUACCUGUGAUGAGGGUUACAAUGUUGUCUUGUCAAAUCCUGUGGAUGAGGAGUCCACAGACACAGUAUCUGUUAAAGGUGUAACAGAAUGCAAUACUGAUGAUCAGCUUGUCUCUAGAUAUUCUCAAGAUGUGAACAAAGGCCAGAAUGAAGGAAAUCAUAGCGGUUCUGUAAUAACAAGACGCAUGGAGACAAGAUUGCAGAGGAGACAUCACAGAAUCAGUGAACAUAGUCCCAUCACGUUCAAGACUCCUAUUUACACUCACAAGGGGAAAAUAUGCGAGUUUGUGUGUGAAUACUGUGGCAAAGCGUUUCCGUAUAGAUCCAGGCUGAUGCGGCACCAGAUCAUCCACACGGGCGUGAAGCCUUAUUGUUGUCACACCUGUGGUAAACGAUUCAACCAGACAUCGAUCCUGAAGGUCCACCAGCGGAUUCACACGGGCGAGAGGCCGUUCUCCUGUGACAUCUGCGGGAAGCGCUUCAACCAGAAGUCCAUACUGAACGUUCAUAAGAAAAUCCACUCAAUCGAAAGGCCGUAUUCCUGCGAUUUCUGCGGCCGAAGGUUCAAGCAGAAAUCAAAACUGGAAUCUCAUGUCAUAUGGCACUCAGAUAUACCACAGCCGGUUUUCUUUAAGGAGGAAAACUUUCUCUCCGACCAGCAGCUUUUUAACCAUGACCGUCAUUCUGCGUUGGAGUUGGGGUUUCCAAAAGUCAAAGAGGAGCAGGAAGACUUUUGCUUGGCCCACAAGGAGCAGCUUGUGUUGAAGCAGGAGACAGACACUUUCAUGAUCACUGUUCCUCAUGAUGAAGGUCACGAUCACGGUGUGGCCCAAACACUCAAUAGGGACUCAGCAGAGGAAGAGUCUGUCGAGAUCAUAUCAGAUGAUAAAGGUGGGAAACAACUGGAGAAGACUCAUCCAAGAAUCUGUAACGUCUACAGUCCUAUCCUGUUCAAAACUUCAUGCAACUCUUUUGUUGAUAGAAAGUGUGAAUAUAAAUGCAAUACGUGUGGGAAAGUGUUUCAGUUUAAGUCCAGACUGAUAAGACAUUACCGAAUCCACACGGGCGUGAGGCCUUACUGCUGUCACAUCUGCGGCAAGAGGUUCAACCAGAAAUCCAUCCUGCAGGUCCAUCAGCGGAUCCACACGGGCGAGAGGCCUUUUUCUUGUGACAUCUGCGGGAAACGCUUCAACCAGAAAUCCAUACUGAACGUUCACAAGAGGAUCCACACGGGCGAGAGGCCGUAUUCCUGCCAAGUGUGCGGCAAGAGGUUCAACCAAAAGUCCAUACUGGACGGCCACGUCAGGACGCACACUGGCGAGAGGCCGUAUUCCUGCAAGACAUGCGGCAAAAGCUUCAAAAGUCAAUCCAGUCUGCUGGUUCACAUGAAGAUGCAUGCGGACAAGAAGACCUACUCCUGUGAAAUGUGGGAGAGACUUCAUGCAUUUAUGUCCGUUUUGACCAUGUAUCCAGUUCAAAGUAUGCGCAAGUUUGUCUGCGAUCGCCUGACUGCUGCAGCUCAGGAGAUCCUGGGAGCGUUUGAGAAGAGAGUAGAAGAUUAUGAAGCAGAGCUCUCUCGGCAGCGCAGGAUGUUGGACAUGGCGUUUUCCCCAGAGAUAAAGUUGCAGAGGGCAGAGAUGAAGGCUCUCCUACAUCAGCAGCAGCACAGCAAUAAUUACGACGUGUCCAGAUUUUUACCAGAUACUGUGCAGAUUAAAGAUGAGCAUGAGGAAAUAAGCAUCAGCCAAGAAAGACCACAGCCUUUGCAGCAUCCACACCGGCCGCAGCCUUUGCAGCAUCAAGAACGGCAGCAGCCUUUGCAGCAUCAAGAACAGCCGCAACCUUUGCAGCAUCAAGAGCGGCAGCAGCCUUUGCAGCAUCCACACCGGCCGCAGCCUUUGCAGCAUCAAGAACGGCAGCAGCCUUUGCAGCAUCAAGAACAGCCGCAACCUUUGCAGCGUCAAGAGCGGCAGCAGCCUUUGCAGCAUCAAGAGCGGCAGCCGCCUUUGCAGCAUCAAGAACGGCAGCAACCUUUGCAGCAUCAAGACCGGCUGCAGCCUUUGCAGCAACAAGACCGGCCACAGCCUUUGCAGCAUCAAGACCGGCCGCAGCCUUUGCUGCAUCGAGAACGGCCGCAGCCUUUGCAGCAUCGAGACCGGUCACAGCCUUUGCAGAAUCGAGAAUGGCCGCAGCCUUUGCAGCAUCGAGAACGGCCACAGUCUUUGCAGCAUCAAGAACGGCCGCAGCCUUUGCAGCAACAAGAACGGCCGCAGCCUUUGCAGCAACAAGAACGGCCGCAGCCUUUGCAGUAUCAAGAACGGCCGCAGCCUUUGCAACUGCAAGAACGUCCACAGCCUUUGCAGCAACAAGAACGUCCGCAGCCUUUGCAGCAACAAGAAUGUCCGCAGCCUUUGCAGCAACAAGAAUGGCCGCAGCCUUUGCAGCAACAAGAACGGCCGCAGCUUUUGCAACUGCUAGAACGUCCACAGCCUUUGCAGCAACAAGAAUGGCCGCAACCUUUGCAGCAACAAGAACGUCCGCAGCCUUUGCAGCAACAAGAACGUCCGCAGCCUUUGCAGCAACAAGAACGUCCGCAGCCUUUGCAGCAACAAGAACGGCCGCAGCCUUUGCAGCAACAAGAACGUCCGCAGCCUUUGCAACUGCAAGAACGUCUGCAGCCUUUGCAGCAACAAGAACAGCUGCAGCCUUUGCAGCAACAAGAACGUCCACAGCUUUCACAACUGCAAGAAGUCCAGGUCUCCACACUGACUCCAGCUUCUUGUCCGAAUACCAUCAGCGGUCAGUCACAGCCAUUAGGUCCUGAAAAAGAGAGUGGAACAAAUUCAAAUUUUGUGUCUAAGAGCUUAAACAGAGCCGUAGAGUCUGGAUGGAAGGAGGGGACACCGUCAGUGAGUGAGCAACAUCUUUCUCAAACUUCAAGUGGAGCCGAAAUCCAACAUGACAAUAGAGGGGCAUCACCAACCGAACCUGCAGUGCCAACUUCAGCUGAGAGGAGCCUCGUAUUAGCUACAAAUUCGGAGGAAGCAUUUGAUGAUGCAUUUUUAGAUGCAAAUUAUGAAGACAUCUUGAAUGAAAUUGAUGACAACACCUUUGCACUCUCCAGUAUGAGUCCUGAACAAUCAUUAAAUAUGAGCUUUGAUGAUUUAAAUGAAACAUCAACCAGCAUUACAGAACAGACACAGUUGGGGAAAGAUCAUGUUGAAAGCUCAGUGUUGAUAGGCAGCACUGGCCUAACGCAAAACUGUAAUACUGAGUUCACAGCACUAGCUUCAAGCAAUAGGGCCACACCUACAAGUAUGUGUACAGGUUACAAUAACAUCUCAACAGCUGGAAGAAACUGUGAACUAGAAGCAAGUAAGAUUCAAGAUAAAAAUACAAUUUUAACUAGAAGUGUUGCGCCAACUCAACCUGAGGUGAAUCAAGGUUGGAGGCCAGAACCUUCCAUCCUGAUUGUGCUAACACCAGUUGAUGAAUAUCAAAAUGAGACAAGAACCACAACUGCGAUGGCAGAAGAUCAAGGCAAGGGAGUCUUUACUACUAGCAACCUAGAUAAGAGCACAACAUUAACCAAAUCUGCUGAGCUGACACCAAGCGAGAAAAUUCGAGAAGGAGGAGUAACAGCAAUGGAAAAUAUUGAUCAAACAUCACAGAAUGAAAACCGUGAUAUGAGUGCACCGUCAGCCAAAAGUACAGAUCAAACUUCAAGCCAGGAUGAUAUCAAAGAGUCUGUGACAUCGACUGAUGGAACUGAAUACACCUCAAAGAAAAAUCAUAAACAAGAGAGGACGCCUUUGCAUGGAAGUACACAUCCGCCAUCAAAAACAAAGUCAAAAGAUGGGAGAACACCGACUUCAACAAGAUCGCUCAAGAAACCCAGACAAGAAAGCGCAAGAUCAACUACAGGGAAAACUCUCAGUAAAAAGACUGCCACCAGUCAAUGCACAGAUUAUAAUAUAAACCCUCAAGAGGAGGAAGAAACUUCAAACCUAAUUUCAAAUUCUGCACAAAAUGAUGAACAUGGCGGCAACAAAGCAUCUUCUACUGGAGAUAUUGAGUUGACACAGAGUGACCACGGUCAGAAAACAGAAAUAGUCCCAAGUAAAACAUCAAGUGAUAGGAAAAAGGCAUCCCCACAUUCUAAGUCCAAAGAUAAGUCAAGAAAUCAAAACAACGAGGUAACUAAUGUUGGAAAAUCUCUCAAUGAAGAUGCACAAAGCACGGAAACAACAUCGACCAAGAGGCUAAGAGAUGGUCAGGGUUCUGAGUCGCCACAAAAAAGGAUGCAUAGAGACGAAGAUUCCACAUCAACUAGAAUCAAAGAAGUCAAAAAGUAUGACACACGCAGCAAAGAAAGCACAACAUCAAAUCAAGAUCCCGACCCACCUCUGUCCAAUAGUGAUGACAGCGAAUCAAGUGAAGGAGAGGAGAAGGUGGAAAACCCCUACAAGUGCGACAGAUGUGGCAAAGUAAUGUCCAACUUCAAGAACUACAAAUUCCACAUGAAGACUCACACAGUCGCAAAGACCUACAAGUGUGACACUUGUGGGAAAAUGUUUAGAGAGAGCUGGGACCUGAACAAGCAUUUGGUCAUCCACUCUGCAGAGAAGCCUUACAAAUGUGACGUCUGCGGAAACGGUUUCAACCGCCGCUACAACCUGGACCUGCACCUCCGGGUACACACGGGGGAAAAGCCGUACAUUUGCAACACAUGCGAAAAGACAUUCAGCUCGUGCGUCAAUAUGAAGAAGCACAUGAGGAUUCACACGGGGGAAAAGCCCUACACCUGCAAAGAGUGUGGCAAAGAGUUUGCGGACUCUUCCGCCUUCAAAAACCACCUGCGGGUGCACACAGGGGAGAAGCCCUUCAAGUGUUCCUACUGCAAGAAGAAGUUUGCCACCAGGACGACUUUGAAGAGACAUAUCAGGACACACACGGGCGAGAAGCCAUACAAGUGCACGGUUUGUGGUCGAAACUUUGGCCACAGAACUGACCUGAAGGGCCACAUGAGGAUGCACACAGGCGAGAAGCCUUAUAAAUGUACUACUUGUGGCGAGGACUUCUCCACCUGGUCAAAACUUAAUAAACACAAGCGGAUCCACUCGGGUGAAGCACAAGACUCCACUGAAUAA